AUCCGAUGAUGUAAGCGCAGGGGAAGCUUCAAAAUGAUUCUUCAGAUUAAAACCUAACCAAGAACAAGAAGAAGAAGAAGAAGAAGAAGAAGAAGAAGAAGAAGAAGAAGAAGAAGAAGAACAUUAUUCGGUAAAAACCUUGAUUGUUUCAGUUUAUCCGGAACCUCAAUCGCUAAAAUGGAAGGGAUAGCCGCGUCUAGACAAGGAAGGAGGGUGGUGGUGAUCGGCGGCGGAAUCGCCGGCUCCCUCGCCGCGAAAUUGCUUCAGCUCGAUGCUGACGUCACCCUCAUCGAUCCGAAGGAGUACUUUGAGAUUACAUGGGCAAGCUUGAGAUCCAUGGUGGAGCCUUCGUUUGCAGAGAGAACAGUUAUCGACCACACGAGCUACUUGAAAAACGGCCGUGUUGUUACUUCUCCGGCGAUCAAUAUCUCUGAGACUGAUGUAAUGACUGCAGAUGGAUCUGUGAUUGGAUAUGAUUUUCUAGUUAUUGCUACAGGUCACAACGACUUGUUGCCCAAAACCAGACAAGAGAAGCUCUCACUAUACCAAGCAGACUAUGAGAAGAUCAAAUCUUCUGGAUCAGUGCUGAUUGUUGGUGGAGGACCCUCUGGUGUGGAGCUAGCUGCAGAAAUCGCAGUUGAUUUUCCGGAGAAGAAGGUUACUCUAGUGCACAAAGGACCAAGAUUGCUUGAGUUUGUUGGGGAAAAAGCUGCUGACAAAGCAUUCGACUGGUUAAAAUCAAAGAAAGUGGAAGUGAUAUUGAACCAAUCCGUGGAUUUGAAUUCAGCUUCAGACGGAAACAAAACUUACCGGACCUCAGGAGGAGAAAAUAUACACGCAGAUUGCCAUUUCCUCUGCGUCGGGAAGCCUUUGUCUUCUCAAUGGCUCAGUGGAACUACUCUGAAAGACAGCUUGGAUGGUAAAGGAAGGGUUAUGGUCGAUGAGUACUUGCGGAUUAGGGGUCGAACGAAUGUAUUUGCCAUUGGAGACAUCACUAAUAUCCCUGAGAUGAAACAAGGAUAUAUAGCGGAGAGUCAUGCAAGUGUGGCUGUGAAGAACAUAAAGGUAAUGAUGUUGGGUGGGAAACAGAAGAAGAUGUCGACAUACAAGCCCGGAUCAGAGAUUGCCAUUGUAUCUUUGGGAAGAAAGGACUCGGUGGCUCAGUUUCCAUUUGUAACAGUCGUUGGUUGCCUCCCUGGUUUGAUCAAGUCCAGGGAUCUAUUCGUGGGGAAGACGAGGAAGGCAAGAGGGCUAAAUCCUAAACUUGUACAAGGUUGAGACCUUUUGUCUGUUUUCAGGUUUCAUAUUGAGAGAUAUGCUUUUGUGCACAGAUGUAAUCAUGUUUGUGUUGUGUGUUUGUUAUUUGUUUUUGUGUUGAUUUCAUUGUAUCAGUGUGGAGUGAGUGUUGGUUUGCUUAUGUUGUAACAUUGUGUAUAAUAGUGGGGUAAUUUAUUUGAGUUCCAGUU